AUGCAACGAUUUCAUGGCACUUACUCGUCAUCAUCAUUUCACGUUCAACGUUUUAUUUUCAUCCUGCUCACUGUUCACGACAUUCUUGUGAAGGGACAGUACGUCGUCGAAGUACUGGAGCCAGCUCGUUUGGGCAUUCGACGUUCGGUGCAGCGAUGUGAGGCGACCGGUGCAAAUUUCGGCGCCGACAUUGUCACGUUCUCGUUCAGUCACGAGGCAAUCGGAUGCGCAAUGCACCCAGAACCACUCGAAGCGUGCACGGAACAUGUUGUGUACCCCAGUAAUGCCACUCUCUGUGCCUCAAAUUUUGCGUUGGUCCCGAGAGGAAACUGCAGUUUCUCCGAGAAGGCUUACCACGUCCAACGUGCCGAGCCUUCGGGAUUUCAAGCAUUGAUUAUCUACAAUUCAGAAGGGAAACCUCCAAUUGACAUGGCUGGUAGUAAAUACGCUGACGCGGUUCGCAUUCCGGUGCUCAUGAUCUCUUAUCAAUGUAUGAUAGCAAUUAACACUACAUAUCCAGCUAGUCAAGGGUAUAUCGUACAGAUCAAAGUAACGCCGGGUUACUACGAUUUGUUUCGCUACCUUAUUCCAUUUGUAGUCGUCGUAGGAUUCUGCUUCAUUGUUUUGCUUAUCAGCUUGAUAUUGAAGGCGAUACGACUGUGUCGUGAGCGUCGACGCGUCGCUCGAAAACGUCUCUCGAAACGGAAUCUUCGCAAAAUACCUACAAAGAAGUUUCGAAAAGGAGACGAACCAGAAACGUGUGCCAUUUGUCUUGAUGACUUCAUCGAGGGUGAAAAGUUACGUGUUUUGCCAUGCCGACACACCUACCAUUGCAAUUGUAUCGAUCCAUGGCUAACCCAAAAUCGCAAAGUUUGCCCUAUGUGUAAACGGCGGGUUGGUGCAAAGAACUCGGAUUCUGAAUCAAGUGACGAAGAAAGACGACAGGAGCAACCUACAUCUUCUCGAAGUACAUCCAUUACACAUACUUAUCUCGAGGACGAAGAAAGAACCGAGACUCCGAUUGCUUCUACAAGUCAAGUCCUAGCAGAUGUGCAUCACAGUGACAUCGGCGGAUCUCGUGAACAGUUGGUGGAAACCGAUGAGAUUACAUUGCAAGGAGAGAGAGGAAUAACGGACGACGAGGCCGAAACUAACACUCUGUCACAGUCACUAAAAAAUAAACUGAAAGGAUUCUUCACGAAGUCGUCGUCACGUCCACCAAUGGACGGAUCUGGAGAAGUGAACGAUGCCUACGAAGGUGGGAGUACUCCUCCGGCAGAUACAGUAUCCGUGGAAACAUCAAUUUUUGAGGAUGUUUCACUUGAAGAAGGACGUAUGGAAAGUGGUGAAAGACGUCGCCAUCCAGCUGGAUCACAGGCAGUCGUCACCGAUCAAGUACUCCAUGAUGAUUCGUUGAGUGAUGAGGAGGUCGAAGGCCGCGAUGGGCGCACGAAGCGUCUUCGUACAAGACGUGAACGUGACGGUGACAAAUCGCGCUCACGUGACCCACCGUCAGAUGGCGAAGGAGGAGCACAUGCGAGCACAUUCGGCAAUCUUUCCGUUUAG